GGGAUGUGCCCGUGGGUCCCUUUGUCCUGGGCCCAGGGCACAGUGUCCCUCAUAGGGCCGUGUCCUGGUGCCAUUGGGGUCAGCGCUAUUUGGGGUCCCUUUGUCCCCGUGCUGGGGCGCAGCAUCCCUUAUGGGGCCGCGCUUUGCACCCUCCCUGCAUCCCCAUCCCACCGGGCUUAGGGGAUAGCAGCGGGUGAUGGGAAACCCCUUUACUCCUCCCUCCCAUCCCCAACCCCAUCGGGGAGGGACGGCGACAGCAGCGUCCCUACCCCCCGGUGACCCCAGGGCCACGCUUUGCAAUGGGCGCAGGAACCCUUGGGUGCUGCCCAAGCCCCACGGAGCCACCCCACGGCUCCAACCCGCUGGGAAAUUGGGGAUAACGCUGGGAAAAGGGCUGGAAAAGGGCCGGAAUGGGCCGAGGGCGCGGAGCAGGAUGGGGCCGGUGCGCGGGAGGAAGGGAGGCAGCGCGGGGCCGUGUGCUCAGCAAUAGGAAAUGCUUUAUGAGCGGAGAGCGGUGGAGCAGAGCCAGGCAGGAAGAGGCAGCGAGGAGGAACGGUUUUUUGGUGACUUCUCCCACAUCCCGAGCUCAGAGAGCCCGCGGUGGGGCCGGGACGGAGCUGAGCCGUGCGGUGGGGGGCAUUGGGGCGGCCCUAUGAGGAUCUGUGGGGUGCGGGGUAUCGCUGCCGGCGUCCCCGGUUGAGCGCGGCGUUGGGACGCGGGAUCCGGAGCUGGGAAUCGUCCCCAGAUGCUGUAGGGAUGAGCUGCAAUGCGCGUGCGACGUGCCGCACUGUGCUGCACCCACCUGCACCGGCAAGGUGUGCUUCGUCAGCAAGAGGAGGGAGGCGGGGGGGGUCACCCAGCACAAGGGCUGCUUCUCGGACCACCUGCUGGAGAACUGCCGGCCCUACGUGAUGGAGCAUUUCGGCACCCGGUGCUGCAACGCCAGCAUGUGCAACGCUGAGCUGGAGAUCUACCUGCGAGGAGAGGAAGCCCUGGGACAGCCUCCCUCCCGCUCCAACCUCCUCCUGCUGAUCUUGGUCCCGCUGCUGACGCUCCUCGUCCUCGUGGCGCUCACCAUCCUCUUCUUCUGGAAGCUGGCCCAGCACCGCCGCAAGAGGCUGCUCCUCUUCAAGCACAGUGACCUGGGCGACACGGACCUGAUGCUGAAGGCAUCCAUGGUGGGAGACAGCACGCUGGAGGAUUUGAUGAACGAUGACUGCACCACGGGCAGCGGCUCGGGGCUGCCCUUCCUCGUCCAGCGCACGGUGGCCCGGCAGAUCUCCCUCGUGGAGUGCGUGGGCAAAGGGCGUUACGGCGAGGUGUGGCGAGGCGUGUGGCACGGGGAGAACGUGGCCGUCAAGAUCUUCUCCUCCCGGGAUGAGCAGUCGUGGUUCCGUGAGACAGAGAUCUACAACACCGUGCUGCUGCGGCACGACAACAUCCUGGGCUUCAUCGCCUCUGACAUGACCUCGAGGAACUCCAGCACCCAGCUGUGGCUCAUCACCCACUACCACGAGAACGGCUCGCUCUACGACUACCUGCAGAGGACGACCCUGGACGUGGAGACCUGCCUGGGGUUGGCAGCUUCCAUCAUCUGCGGCCUCGUCCACCUCCACGUGGAGAUCUUCGGCACCCAGGGCAAACCCGCUAUCGCUCACCGUGACCUGAAGAGCAGGAACAUCCUGGUGAAAAGCAACCGGCAGUGCUGCAUCGCUGACCUGGGUGAGAGCGCGCUCCUUGGGGACACACGGUGA